AGUGCACGCGUCUCCUCCAGUGCACGCGCGCACUUCCACCAUCACAAGGAGCGUUUGGAGCUCUCUCCUGGCGUGGAAGCUCUUGGUUGCAUUCCAGCCUCGAACGUGCGUGUGUUUUUUUUUUUUGAGCCCGUCUUUGUCGGGACUGGGAAGGAGAGGAGGAAGAGGGGGGCUUCUUCCUGAAAGAUUAGUAGUGAAGGGAGUAGGGGGAUUGUUGCCCGUUAAGUGUGACUGUCUCGGUGGAAGAGCGGGAAGGGAAGAAGAUGUAAGAAGCGGCAGUGCGCGUCCUCCCGCGGCUGCAACAUGCAGAAGGGCAUGCGGCUCAAUGAUGGCCAUGUCACCUAUCUGGCGCUGCUGGCCAAGAAGGACGCCACCAGGCGAGGAUGCCUGAGCAAGAAGAGCUCGGAAAACACCAAAUGGCACUCCAAGUGGUUCUGCUUGCUGCAGAACAUGCUCUUCUAUUUCGAGAACGAUUCCAGCUCGCGACCCUCCGGACUCUACCUGCUGGAGGGGUGCGUUUGCGACAGGGCACCCUCUCCCAAACCGCCUCUCUCUGCCAAGGAAUGCCUGGAGAAGCAGUAUUACUUCACUGUCACGUUCAAUCACGACAACCAGAAAGCUUUGGAGCUGCGUACAGAAGAUGUCAAGGACUGCGACGAGUGGGUCGCCGCCAUUACGCAGGCCAGUUACAGGAACUUGGCUACAGAGCAUGAGACUCUCAUGCAAAAGUAUCUGCAUCUACUACAAAUAGUGGAGACGGAGAAAACGGUUGCCAAGCAACUUCGACAACAGAUUGAGGAUGGGGAAAUCGAGAUAGAGCGGCUAAAAUCAGAGAUCGCAGGGCUGCUGAAGGACAACGAGAAGAUCCAGUCCAAUCCAGAGGUACCACCCAGUGACGACGACACGGAAAUCAAGAAGAUAAAAAAGGUCCAGAGUUUUCUACGAGGCUGGAUUUGCCGCAGGAAAUGGAAAACCAUCAUCCAGGACUACAUCCGUUCACCGCAUGCGGAAAGCAUGAGGAAGAGAAACCAGGUGGUGUUUAGCAUGCUGGAGGCCGAAGCGGAGUACGUACAGCAACUGCACAUCCUGGUCAACAACUUCCUGCGGCCUCUACGCAUGGCCGCCAGCUCCAAGAAGCCGCCUAUUACACACGACGAUGUCAGCAGCAUCUUCCUCAACAGUGAGACCAUCAUGUUCCUCCACCAGAUCUUCUAUCAGGGUCUCAAGGCCAGGAUAGCCAGCUGGCCAACCCUGGUACUGGCUGACCUGUUCGACAUCUUGCUGCCCAUGUUGAACAUCUACCAAGAGUUUGUGCGGAACCACCAGUACAGUCUGCAAAUUUUGGCCCAUUGCAAACAGAACCGAGACUUUGACAAGCUCCUGAAGCAGUACGAGGCCAAGCCUGAUUGUGAAGAAAGGACGCUGGAAACCUUCCUGACUUAUCCCAUGUUUCAGAUUCCUCGUUAUAUCCUGACCCUUCAUGAAUUACUGGCUCACACUCCUCAUGAGCAUGUGGAGAGAAAUAGCUUGGAUUACGCCAAGUCAAAACUCGAGGAACUUUCAAGAAUAAUGCACGAUGAGGUGAGCGAGACAGAGAACAUCAGAAAAAAUCUAGCUAUCGAGCGAAUGAUUGUCGAGGGCUGCGAAGUGCUGCUGGAUACCAGCCAAACAUUUGUAAGACAAGGUUCUCUGAUCCAGGUGCCAAUGAGCGAGAAAGGAAAGAUCACCAGAGGCCGUCUGGGAUCUUUGUCUCUGAAGAAGGAAGGCGAGCGACAAUGCUUCCUUUUUUCCAAACAUCUCAUCAUCUGCACUCGAGGCUCAGGAGGGAAACUGCACAUUACCAAGAACGGUGUAGUGUCUCUCAUUGACUGCACACUGAUGGAGGAAACUGAGGGUGGCGAUGACGAGCCCAAAGGGGAGCGUAGCGGCCAGGAUACAGAGCACCUCGACUUUAAAGUGAUCGUGGAGCCAAAAGACGGCCAGCCUUACACCGUCAUCCUGGUGGCUUCAUCGCGACAAGAGAAGUCCGCAUGGACGAGCGACAUCAGCCAGUGCAUUGACAACAUCCGUUGCAAUGGUCUGAUGAUGAAUGCCUUUGAGGAAAACAGUAAAGUCACCGUGCCGCAGAUGAUCAAAUCCGACACCAGCUUAUACUGCGAUGACGUCGACAUCCGCUUCAGCAAGAUGAUGAACUCCUGCAAGGUGCUUCAGAUCCGCUACGCCAGCGUGGAGCGUCUGCUGGAGAGGCUGACCGACUUGCGCUUCCUCUCCAUCGACUUCCUGAACACUUUCCUACACUCUUAUCGGGUUUUCACCAGUGCGGCGGUCGUGCUAGACAAACUCAUCACCAUUUACAAGAAGCCAAUCAGCGCCAUCCCCGCACGUUCUUUGGAGCUGUUCUUCGCUAGCAGCCAGAACAAUAAACUCCUCUACGGCGAGCCGCCCACGUCUCCACGUGCCAGUCGCAAGUUCUCCUCCCCUCCCCCGCUCUCCAUCACCAAGACGUCGUCGCCCAAUCGCCGCCGCAAGCUCUCCCUCAACAUUCCCAUCAUCACAGGGGGCAAGGCUCUGGACCUGGCCGCGCUCAGCUGUUCCCCCAAUGGCUAUGCAAGCAUGCACACCGCCAUGUCCCCCUUCAGUAAGACCACCCUGGACAUCAACAAGCUGUAUGUGUCCAGCACCAUGGCCAGCAAGAUCUCGGAUGAUGGGGAAGGCAAAGCAGAGAGCAAGGCUGAUGAGUCUGUCGGAAAUAAGCAAGAUCUGUCAGUGAGAGAGGAAUGCGAUGAAGAUCCUGUAAGUCAUAGUGACGAGGCGGAAGUGGAGAUGUCUCCUCCCAAGUCGCCAUCGACACCCAAGAACGUCAAGUCGAAAAACAGCGAGUUCUCGCUCUUCUCGCUCAACAACAGCAUGGUGGUGUCAUCUUGCCGGGAGAUGGACAAUAGCCGCAGUGCCCUCUCGGCGGCCUCGGCCUUUGCCAUUGCCACAGCCGGUGCAAACGAGGGCACUCCGACCAAGGAGAAAUACCGCCGUAUGUCCCUAGCCAGCACAGGCUUUCCUACUGAUCAGAGGAACGGCGACAAAGAGUUUGUCAUCAGAAGAGCCGCCACAAACCGAGUGCUGAAUGUGUUGCGUCACUGGGUUUCCAAACACUCCCAGGACUUUGAGUUGAACUCAGAGCUGAAGAUGAGGGUGAUUGGCUUCCUUGAGGAGGUGAUGCAUGACCCAGAGCUACUAACACAGGAGAGAAAGGCUGCUGCUAACAUUAUUAGGACUCUCACACAGGAGGACCCUGGAGACAACCAGCUCACCUUGGAGGAAAUCGCUCACAUGGCGAUGGAGGAAUGCAGGAACGAGCCCUUUGAGAACCACUCUGCCUUGGAGAUAGCUGAGCAGCUCACUCUGCUAGAUCACCUGGUCUUUAAGGUCAUACCUUACGAGGAGUUCUUUGGCCAAGGCUGGAUGAAGAAUGAUAAGAACGAGAGAACUCCAUACAUCAUGAAGACAACCAAGCAUUUCAACGAUAUCAGCAACAGGAUCGCUACGGAGAUCUUGCAGUGGGAUGAUGUCAACAUGCGCGUGGCGGUCAUUGAGAAGUGGGUGGCGGCGGCCGAUAUCUGCCGCUGCCUCCACAAUUACAACGCCGUGCUGGAGAUCACGUCUUCGCUGAACCGCAGUUCUAUCUUCCGCCUCAAGAGGACCUGGCUCAAAGUCUCCAAGCAGACUAAGACCGUGAUUGACAAGUUGCAGAAGUUAGUGUCGUCAGAGGGUCGCUUCAAGAACCUGAGAGAAGCUCUGAAGAACUGUGAUCCUCCUUGUGUUCCUUACCUGGGAAUGUACCUGACUGACCUGGCCUUCAUUGAGGAAGGAACACCCAACUACACAGAGGACAACCUGGUUAACUUUUCCAAGAUGAGAAUGAUAUCUCACAUCAUCAGAGAAAUUCGGCAAUUCCAGCAAACAGCUUACAAGAUCGACUCUCAAGCAAAGGUGGCAAAGUACUUACUGGACAACAGCUCGGUGCUGGACGAGGAGAGUCUGUAUGAAGCAUCUCUGAGAAUCGAACCCAAAACGUCAUCAUGAAGAGGCUCCGUCACACUCGCUCAACGUUCGUAUGAAGUGUACAGCAUUGUUAUGUUCUAUUUUAGUGUACAUACACUAUUAUUUGUAUUAGACAACAUAGGCUGUGUAUGUUCUCCUCAUUGACUAAAGCCCAGAAAGGUUCUAUUCAUAUGUUUGCAGAGUAUACAUAUGUUAUUUAUGGUAUUAAAAUACACUCAUUAUUAUUUUCAAGCACAGAAGAAACAGAUGAGAAAGUAUAUUGUGAUGUUUCACGUAUCUCCAAGAGAAUGUGUAUUAUAUGAAAUAAACUCUCAUUUAAGAGAGCACAGUUCAACACAGACUUCCACUUUUUCCGGACUCAGAAGCUGAAUCAAAGAUUUGGACUGUGUAAACAAACAUGCAGUCAUUCGCCUUUAAGUCCCCUUGUGAACGCUUUGCCUUAAAAGUAUAGCGGCCUUUAGUGUCCUAAAGUACGCUUCGUUUGAUAAUUGCAUGAUCAUUUAUUUAGAGAUGAUUUCGAUUCAGCCUGAUUACUUAUAAAGAGACUAAAUGUUGUAAAAGGCAGUUACCAUAUAUUCUCAAAGUCACCUCGACUUUAACAGAACACCAUUGUACCACAUUGUUACUUCACAACAUUAUGACAUUUAUAAUGAUUUAACUAUAUGUUUAUUUUAUUUCAUUACGCUUUUCAGUGCGUAUUGCGUCAUGGAACGCAGCAUGGAAUGAACUGUAAUAUAUAUAUACGCAAUGUGGCCCGCAGGACACUAGUUUGAGGCCCCCGCCUUGAUAUGAAAGUUUAAUGUUAGUGCGGCCCGCGCAAGUUUGAUAUGGAUGCUGUAUGGUAUCAUGUACCCAGAAAAAAUUAUUUUAUUGGCGACUCCAAAUUGUCCAUAGGUAUGAAUGUGAGUGUGAAUGGUUGUUUGUCUAUAUGUGCCCUGUGAUUGGCUGGCGACCAGUCCAGGGUGUACCCCGCCUCUGGCCCAAAGACAGCUGGGAUAGGCUCCAGCAUCCCUCGUGACCCUCGUGAGGAAAAGCGGUAGAAAAUGAAUGAAUGAAUGAAUGAAUUUGCAAUCCUAGCCCAAAUAACCCACUCUACCCUCAUCUACAGUUAGUAAGUAAACACCCCCGGGUCCGCUAUUGGUGUAAAUAUGGUAAAUAGAUGCCACACCUCAAACAGAUGUCUCAUUUUAUCACCUCAGGUUAAAAAAAAAAAAUUGCGUUACCUGGUACCAGCAUGUGUCGCUGUGGACAUUAUUAUUACAUAACAAUACACACACAGUGUGGGCACACCUUUAAAACAGACAUGGCAUCUGUAAAGCUGAAGUUUAUCAUGAAUUGAAGAAGUAUUCAAAUGCCUUACCCCAAAUAAUACAUUAAAAAUCAAAUGGAGGAUGUUGGGAUGUUUUCCUGUAGCCGCAUGAUGAGACACUUUGGUUCAAAGUUUUGGAUUUCAGAAUGAACUUUGUACGUAAUGCAAUGUAUGUAGCAAGUAAAUAAUUCCCAGCUUCUCCACUCCUUAUGGAUGAUGACCCUUUUUGGCCAGUGUAUCAUAGUUUUGCCUUAAUAAUGGAAACAGAUUGUUAUCUACGAUACAAAAAGUGUGUAUACUAUUUUGUUGUACAAUUUUGCCAAUGAAACAGAUGUAUGUUUUUUUCCCCUUGUACAGCAUAACCCUGGAAAUGCUGUAGAACUCCUUCUGCGUAUGAUACGUACUUCUAAGUGUAACACAUUGAGUUUUAGCAGGACCUAUAUACAGUAGUACUAUUGUGCUUAUUCUUGGGAUAUUUCUAUAUAUGUAUUUUUACAGGCUUUGUAUAGAAGAGCACCUAAAGCUUAAGUGGCAGGCAUGUACCACUUUGUUCCAAAUCUAUCUUAUCUAGCACAGUUGGUGUAAAAAAAAAAAAGGCACAUGAGAUGUUGAGCAAGUGAGCAAUAUGCAGCGCUAUGACCAUUGUGUGUCCACAGCUUGAGUCGUAUUUGCAGUUUUUUGCAGGAAACAAAAAAAAUGUAUUCUUUCCUGAUUACCUCUUGUUAAUAAAUCUCUUCUUUCUCA